AUGAAAUCGUUUGCGCUGUUGGUUCUGGGAGCCACGUUCGCGUUCGCUUCGGCGGCGUUCGUGCCCAGCACGACCGAGGUGAAGUACGCCGAGAAGGAGUUCCUGCACAAACAGGAGGAUCUGCUGCUGCUGUUCCGCCAUCUGUACGAGAAGGACUGGAAUCCGCAGCUGGUUGCGUACGCCAAGAACUUCCACUUCAAGGAAAGUCCGGAGCUGUUCAAACACGAACCGACCAGCCAGUGGGCGACGAAACUGUGGCAGUACUACGAGCAUGGUCUGUUGCCCAAGGGGGAGGUAUUCUCGGUGUACGAGGAGCACCACCUGGAGCAGGCCAUCGCACUAUUCCGCGUCCUGUACCACGCGAAGGACUGGGAAACGUUCUACAAGGUGGCUGCCUGGGCUCGCUACUACUGCAACGAGGGUAUGUUCGUGUACGCGCUGACGGUAGCGGUCACGCACCGACCGGAUUUGGCCGGAUUCGUACUACCGGCACCGUACGAGAUCAGCCCGUACCACUUCAUCAACACCGAGGUCAUCCAGCGGGCUCAGCAGUACAAAAUGCAGGGCUACUACGGUAUGAGCAAGGUCGACGGCGUUUACAGUGUGGUCAUCCCGGCCAACUACACCGGCUGGUACGUGCACACGAACCCGGAGCAAAAGAUCGCUUACUUCACCGAGGACAUUGGGCUGAACAGCUACUACUACUACCUGCACACCGAUUAUCCGUUCUGGCUCGGUGGUGAGCAGUUCGGUUUGAAGAAGGAUCGCCGCGGAGAGCUUUAUCUGUUCGAGCACCAGCAGCUCCUUGCCCGGUACUACCUCGAGCGGUUGUCGAACGAUCUUGGACACAUUCCCGAGUUUUCGUGGUGGAAACCGAUCGAGACCGGUUACUAUCCGGAUCUGCAGUACUACAAUGGGCAUAGCUUCCCGGUCCGGGACAACCAUUAUCAUGCGGAUCAUACGAAGCACCAUCACGAGAUUCGUCAGGUGGUGAGCUACGAGAAGCGGCUAAGGGAUGCGAUUGAUCAGGGUUUCUUCAUGCUGCCCGACGGUAAGCUCGUUAACCUGAGCACCCCGGAGUCGGUCGAAGUGCUCGGUAAUCUCAUUCAGGCCAAUCCGGAUAGCUUCGGGACGCGGUUCUUCAAGUACGUGGCCAUGUACGCCCGGAUCAUUAUGGGAGCGGCCAUCGAGCCGGUUGAGCAUUAUCAGGUCAUCCCGAGCGUUCUCGAGCACUACGAGUCUGCGUUGCGCGAUCCAGUGUUUUAUCAGAUCUACAAGCGUAUCGUGCACUACUACUAUCAGUUCAAGGAUCAUCUACCCAAGUACACGUACGAUGAGCUGCACUAUCCGGGAGUGAAGAUCGACGGUGUCGUGGUGGACCGACUGCAGACAUUAUUCGAUCAGUUCGAUCUGGACAUCACGAACGCGAUCGACAUCGAGCCGGAGCCGUAUGUGGCCGGGAAGUACGAUGGAUUCGGUGAGAUCGAGUACAAACCGGACCCGGUGGUCAUCAAGGCACGCACGAUGCGCCUCAACCACAAACCGUUCACGUACAAGAUCAGUCUGACGGCGGAGAAGGCGGGUAAAUCGGUGGUGCGCGUUUUCCUUGGACCGAAGUACGAUGAGUACGGUACACCGUACACACUGAACGCGAACCGUGAGAACUUCUACGAGCUGGACUACUUCGUGCAGGAGCUGACGGUGGGCAAGAAUGUGAUCACGCGCACCUCGACUCACUUCAACGGGUAUGUCAAGGAUCGGACCACGUUCUACGAGCUGUAUCGUCGGGUGAUGGUUGGUUAUCAGGGUGGCGAGCAGUUCCCGCUCGAUAUGACCGAGGCACACUGUGGGUUCCCGAACCGUUUGAUGUUGCCGAAGGGCAAGAAGGGUGGCAUGCCGUACCAGCUGUUUGUCAUUGUGUCACCGUACCAUGAGCCGGCCGUGCCGCAGUACACCGGAUUCGAUCCGGUGCUGUCGUGUGGUAUUGGAUCCGGUGCACGUUACGUCGAUAGCUACGCCUUCGGUUAUCCGCUGGAUCGUCCGAUCGAUGAGACCGUGUUCUACCAGGUGCCCAACGCCUUCUUCCAGGAUGUCGUCAUCUACCACAAGAGUGAAGGUGAUCUGUAG